CUUCUCCCCUCUCUUUGGAAAAUUCCUUUUUUUAUAGUUUCUCAUCCUCAACUAUUUCCAUUUAUAUUUACUCUAUUAAUCAAAUUAAAUAAUUAUAAAAAAAUUGAGCUUUACUACGACUGAAUAAAGAUGUAACUAAAUCGAAUAACUAUUUUUCAGCGAUAUGAGAGCCUCCGGCAACCGCCUCGGUGCUCACACGCGCCGCCUCCUCCGCUACGCAGUCGCCUCUAGGUUUCUUGUGGUGGCUCUAAUUAUCUUCUGGCGAUCUCUUCUCAGCCCCUACGACACAUCCGCUUCAAUUAAUCCGCCCUGCCUCUCUGCCACAAAUUCAUCGAGUCCUCUACCGCCGGUUCUCCUGCCGCGAGUGGGAUCGGCGAUUGAGCGCAGCAUCGUGUGGGAUGGCGUCUACUUCGCGCGCAUUGCGGAGUGCGGAUACGAAUACGAACAGACAUACGCCUUCUUGCCUUUGCUUCCCCUCUGCGUCACUAUUUUCUCAAAAUCAGUUUUUGCUCCAUUGGUACCUCUGAUUGGAUACAGGGCUGUGCUUGGAUUAUCCGGCUAUGUGAUUAACAACAUCGCCUUUGUUUUUGCUGCAUUUUAUUUAUAUAGGCUUUCUGUUAUUGUUAUGAAAGAUGAGAAGGUUGCACUGAGAGCAGCAAUUUUGUUUUGCUUUAAUCCAGCUUCAGUCUUCUACUCAUCAGUGUACUCUGAGAGUCUUUUUGCUGUAUUGUCAAUCGGAGGGUUGUAUCAUUUCAUGAAUGGGAAUUAUAAUUAUGCUACUCUUUGGCUUGCACUGUCAGGCUGUGCACGGUCAAAUGGAGUGCUUAACGCAGGCUACAUUUGUUACCAUGCAAUGAAACAACUAAAAGAAGCUUACUUUUCCAGAAAGCGCUCUUAUCUGCUAAUAGUGACGAUUCUUCUUGCUGGAGCAUUACGAUCUAUAUUUAUCUUUGGUCCCUUCAUUUCCUUUCAAGCAUAUGGAUACUUAAAUAUGUGCAUGGGUCGUUCCGUUGCUGAACUGAGGCCUUGGUGCAAGGCACGACUUCCUUUGCUCUACAAUUACAUUCAAAGCCACUAUUGGGGAGUGGGCUUCUUAAGAUAUUUUCAAGUUAAACAGUUGCCAAAUUUUCUUCUUGCAUCACCUAUAUUGUCUCUGGCACUUUGCUCUAUUGUCUACUAUGUGAAGCUUUGGCCUGAGGUUUUCCUUUCUCUUGGUCUCCGAGUUUCUCAAAAAGAAAGCAAAAUGGUUGGUUCCUCAUUAUCUACCGGACCAGAGGGACAAGCUAGCACUGCUGGGAUUUUAGAGUACAGUGCUACUAACUUAUCGCAAGAUAGCGGGGAUCUUAAACUGAGAAAAAAAACAGUCAGAAGAGAAAAAAUGGUUAUAGAGCCAUCAAAAGACAAAGCACCAGAGCGCCUGCAAUGUGAUCCUGUCGUUAUUCUUCCUUUUGCUCUACACUUAAGCUUCAUGGUUGCCACAGCGUUUUUCGUCAUGCAUGUUCAGGUUUCGACUCGUUUCUUAUCUGCCAGCCCCCUUAUUUACUGGUUCGCAUCCCACAUAAUUGGAUCUGGAAAGAGAUGGGGUCAUUUUAUAUGGGCUUAUUCUGCUGCUUACAUUUUUAUUGGCACUUUGCUUUUCUCAAACUUCUAUCCUUUCACCUGAAGAAGGAGACUCUUGGACAGAACAACAAAGCUUCAAGUUUACAUUUUUAUCAUUUUAUUGGCACUUUACUUUCACCAUAUUCGUGUAAAUUAUUCAAACUUUUUUAGAUAUAGUUUUGUGUUUUUAAUGCAAUUUACAAAUGUUGGGUAGUCUUCUUUCAUAGAUAUAUAGAAAGAUGAAGAAAUGAAUGUUAAAAAUCCUUCGCUUGUAAUAUAGUACUACUACUUUGAAUGAAACAGAGAGUACAAUUUUUAAUUGAAUAUAUUUCAUUCAUUAUUGUUUUCAUUAAA